AUGGAGCCAGAUUGGGCAAAUUUAGAAGCAUGUCCUCUUAGUUUAAUUCUUGACAAAUUAGAAGAAAAAAUUGAUCAUCUUUGGUUUAGUGCUGUUUGCAAAAAUUGGCAAUUAAUUGCAAAGCUCAACCAUCAAAAUCAUGAAUUCAAGAUCAACACAAUACCCAUGCUAAUAGUACCAACAGAAUCAUUACAACAAGCAGCUGCUUCUUUCACUGAGAAGAAUGGAUUGUUUGGAAUUUCAAACAAAAGAUUGUACCCUUUUCAAUUUCAAUUAGGUCUUAUUAAACCUAAACUUCGUAUAUGUGGUUCUAGUCAUGGUUGGCUUGCGUUGGCAGAUGACUCUAAAUCUAUCAUAAUACUAAUGAAUCCUUUUAAGGAUAUACCUCACAUUAUUCUUCCACCCAUCAAUAGAGUUUAUAAGAUCACUUUGUCUGCUGACCCUACUGAAAGUCCAAAUGAUUAUGUAGUUGCAGCCAUUUAUGGCAACAACGGCGGUGAUCUUGCAUUCAUUAGAAGAGGUCAAAAAAGUUGGACUUAUAUCGAUAUAUUGGAACCUUCAUUUAUUGAUGUAAUAUUUUAUAAGGGUCUAUUAUUUGCUCUUAGUAUUCACCGUGAGAUUGUAUCUAUUAAUAUUUGUGUUUCAAAUGAUCUUUUACAUAACAAGAGGAUAAAUCCAAAUGUUAUUUUACCAGAAAAGGUUGAUGAAGGUUUUUUACAAGAUAAAUUUCUUGUGAAAUCAUUGAAUGAAGAACUAUGGAUGGUGAGAAGGUGUACCUUGAGUAAGAAAAUAUAUCAUGUAUACAAAUUGAAACUAGAUGCAAAGAGUGAAAAGCUUGAAGACAUAUAUAAACUUAAGAGUUUGGGAGAUAAUAUUUUAUUUUUGGGAAAAGGUGAUUCGAUUGCAGUCUCAGCCUCAUAUUUCUCAAAGUCUUUGGAAAGAGAUUCAAUUUACUUUGAUGAUUAUUUGAAGAUCUAUAAUAUGAAGACUGGAAAAUCUAGAUGUCAUAGUCCUUAUGGAAGCUACACUUUUUGGAUUCUGCCACAUUUUCAAUGGGAUUGA